CAUAUGUUCUUAGUAAAGAGAACUGAUCAGGUUGGUGGAGGAGGAGGCAUGGCAAGGCGUGGUGGGUCAAUUUCAACAAUGGCCUUGGGCUUGGCACUUGCGACUGCAACACCAGAUCAGGUGAGAACCGUGCUGGGGGAGAGACUCCAUCCGCUCGUCCAAAACCUGGAGCCUGCUGCAGCAGCUAGAGUAACAGGGAUGCUUCUGGAGCUGGAUCGGACUGAGGUUCUGCACCUGCUAGAAUCUCCGGAAGCUUUGAAAUCCAGGGUUGCAGAGGCAAUGGAGGUUUUGAUUAGUGCUGCUUGUACGCCUUUGGGAACUGCUGUUGGUACAGGCAAGGCAAGGCGUGGAGGGUCAACAUCUCGUCGGCCAAUUUCGAUGAGGACAUUGUUGCGCUCGGCACUUGCGAAUGCAACUCCAGAUCAGGAGAGAACAAUCCUGGGGGAGAGACUCUAUCCGCUUGUUGAAAAACUGGAGCCUGCUGCAGCAGCUAAAGUAACAGGAAUGCUUCUGGAGUUGGGUCGGACUGAGAUUUUGCACUUGCUAGAAUCCCCAGUAGCUUUAACAUCCAUGGUUGCACAGGCAAUAGGGGUUCUGAGGAAUUCUGCUCAACAGCGGCAGGAUCAGACUGGUGGUGCUAAGUCCAGAUCAAUUGGCCAUCAUUGUCAUUGAAUGACAACCUUGGUGGUGUGUAUUGAAUUUGGAAUGUAUCUACCUUAUGUCUUCAACGGCAGUGACUUGCUUUAAGAAUUAAGUUUUAUUCUAUUUCUUAGUAUUUGCCUUUUAUCUUAUUUUCUGUUACAGCACUUUCUGUGCUCUACAUGUAUGCUACAUAACCGCUGCCAUGUACAAGGUUGUGAUAGGUAGUGGUGCACAUCAUGGUCCAACUAGCAAAAACUGUCAGCUAAACAGUAGUUUGUUUUUCUUUAUUAUAUGCUCCAGUAAUCUAUGCAACAGACUUAAUGAAUGAAAAUGCUGAGGUCUGUUUUUGCUCUCAA